UUUUUAAACAAUCAAAGUGCUUGUGCUUUGAACGACUUGCGGGAAUCGAGUGCGACCUUUGCCAUUUGAACAUGACUUCAUGUUUCUGCGGCGCUCCCAGACAAACGAGGACCUGUUGUGGUAUCAGAAGGAGUAUUUUAUGAAAAGUGGGGGGGCGGGGGGGGGAGUCCUGCCUGAUAAAUCCGAUGCACCCUCGGUCGGAAUGAGCCGCUUUGAAGUUGGAUCAAUCGCAAAUGAAUGUGGAACUCAGUGACCGGGAGCGACCACGAAAUCCCGUCGGCGGAUGAGGACCAAACAAAGCGGCAUUAGAAAACUUUUUUUUUUUUUUUUUUUUUUAUCUCAGCCGCUGAUUGCGCGAGUGCCAAAGUUUCGGGGGGGGAGUGGAUUUUGUUAUCAGGAGCUUUGGGCGGGUUUUGGUCAAAGUGCACAGCGCAUGAGCGGAUUUUGCCCCGUCAAACGUCUUUUCCAAGGCGCUGACAGGCAAAGUUGCCGGUUUACGUUGUUGCUGGUUGGUCGCGAGGCCUUUUGGCUUCGGGUGCUUUGUGUUCUUACAAGUCCUGAACGCCCUUUUCAGCUUUUUGCCCGUGAGGUUCUUCAGCAGGAAGUGGGGAAGCGUCACGGACCAACCGGACCGUUUUGAUGGCCCGAGCCCUGUAAACUUGUCGUCGUUUUGAAAAGAUGCUCAGAUUUGCCAUUUGUAAAACUUUGAAGAGAUGCUAAUUGGCCGCAAGUUUUCAGCAUGCGCAAAAGUCAAAGGAAAGACUUUUUAGAGGCCUUCAGCGUUCUCCAAUGGAUACUGACCUUUCUCUUCUUGGGGCUGACGUGCAUCAUCCUGACGGUGGCGCUCAUGUUCACGUCGCUGUGGCUGCUUCCCACGCUCUACUUCAUCUGGCUCCUGAUUGACUGGCAGACGCCUGAGAAAGGCGGCAGAAGAAAGGCGUCGGUGAGGAGGUGGAAGAUUUGGGAACACUACAGAGAUUAUUUCCCUCUCAAGCUGGUGAAGACCGCAGAGCUCAACCCAAACAAAAACUACAUCCUGGGCUGUCACCCGCACGGUAUCAUGAGCAUAGGAGCCUUUGGCUGCUUCAACAUCGAGUGCUGCGGCUUCUCUGAGGCUUUUCCCGGGAUGCGCGUCACCUUGGCCAUACUGGCCGGACUCUUCCGGAUCCCCAUCUUCAGGGACUACCUCAUGGCUGCGGGCCUGUGUCCAGUCAGCAAGGCCAGCCUCGGCCACCUUCUGUCCCGGCGUGGGCCGGGAAACGCCGUGGUGAUCGUGAUAGGGGGCGCUGCGGAGUCUCUGGCCUCCCGCCCCGGGGUACAAACUGUGGUCGUCAAGCAGCGAAAAGGCUUCGUCAGACUCGCGCUGGAGUUCGGAGCCGACCUGGUGCCGGUUUACUCCUUCGGGGAGACGGAGCUCUUCCGGCAGGUCGCCUUCUCGGAGGGCUCCUUGGCUCGAAGGCUGCAGGACCUGUUCAGAAAGGUCUCGGGUUUUGCCCCGUGCCUGUUCAUUGGCCAUCGGUGGGCACUGCUGCCCUCCAGGACUCCCGUCACCACCGUGGUGGGGCGGCCCAUCCCCGUGCCCCAGCGCGUCGCACCCACCGACGAGGAGGUCGAGCGCUAUCAUCAACUCUACGUGGACGGCCUGUCAAAUUUAUUCCACGAGCACAAAGUCAGCUGCGGACUACCGGAGAGUCACGAGCUUUGUUUCAUGUAGAGGUUUUAGCCCCCGCCUGACCCAACUCGUCACGUGACAGCGUUUAAACUGUUGAUACUGCCGAUGACGAUAAGCGCCCCCGACACGGUACCUCUGCAAGAAUGACUCCGAGACAUUUCGUGAUAACGUUUUGACUGAACGUAAAUCAAACAGUUUCUGAAAACGCUGGACUUGAACACAACGUAAUGCAAACGCAUUAUUUAGCCACAGUCAACAAGUUGAUACGGCUAAUAAGUAUGCAACAAUUAAUAAGUCUGUCCAGUCUCAGUUUAGAUGCUAUUGCUAUGCUAUUGUGUUUUGUGCGACUAAUCGUGCUCAAGGAAAUGUAUUUCAAAAUUUGACACGCCAUGUAGUGCAUUUCAAAGACGCUCCUUCAAAUAAUACCAACUGAGCGCUGCAGCGUCAUUGGCACAACCGGUAGGAAUCCAUAUCAAUGCGCGGAAACCGUUCGGCACCUUUGUAAGUCACGUUUCACCCAGCAGAGGGCGCACCUCCUCGACUGUUCCGCCGGAUACGAGAAAGGCUGCAGUCACUUAUUAAAAGCAGACAUUUGCUGUUUGGAUCUUUUCUGUGCCCCAAAUGCAAAUAAAAGUAAUAAUGGAG